UAACGACUGCUGAGGAGACAGCAGCGUGUCUAUGUGCUCCGUAUGACAGCUGAUCGAGGUCGAGAUGCGCCGUUAACAACCGUGGAGAAGGACAAGGGGGACAGAGAGAGGACUCUCCAACCGCUCUCGGUUAAGGACUUUUCGUUUUUCGACAAGUCUAAAGCUGCUGGUUGCCAGGAGGGAAAAACAAAACCUUUAUCUCCAACUGCGUAAAAGCAAGAAGACUCUGAUUGUUGGCUGGAGGUGUUGCGCUCUUUCUCGCUCCUCACCGGACCAGCUCACUAUAAGGGAACAGCAUAGGGAAUACGUUAGCUCUCAUUGGGAAAAAGCGACUUUUGCGGAUGGGAAUGGAUCGGCAUGGCGACGCUGGACGAUGGCCGUCUGUUUGCUGAGCUGGACGUGACUUCCUGAAGAGCCCUUAUCAUCGCUCCGGGUCAGCUUGACCGCAGUUUGACCGCAGCCUCUGGAGGAAUCGCUGACGGUGGUCACCGCCUGAAGGGCCUUACUUUGAGGAUUCUUCUCCCGUAAAGGCACAGCUCCCUGGGAAGCCCACACAAGUGGGGCGGGAGGGGGGAAAGUCAAUACCCUCAGCCACGACAAAUGAUUCAUUAUUUGUGAAGUUAUACAGCUGAGCCAACUUAUUCUACAAGGACCAAUUAUUUACUGGAGGUCUCUGGCCAAUAUGAAGGCCGUGCGGUUUGUGGAGGGGUUGUGUGUGUGGCUGGCCAUGGCCUCCUCUGUGCUGGGCUCUGAGGAGAGGCAGGACUGCCCCGAGCUAUGUGUGUGUGAGACCAGGCCCUGGUUCUCCCCCAACUCCAUCUACAUGGAAGCCCCCACCAUCGACUGUAAUGAUUUGGGACUUUUCUCUCUGCCGGCGAGAUUACCUGCCGACACACAGGUGCUGCUCUUGCAGACCAACAACAUCGCUAAGAUCGAGAAACCCCUGGAUUACCUGGCCAACGUCACAGAGAUUGACUUGUCCCAAAACAACCUGUCGUCCGUGCGGGACGUCCAGCUGGGGCUGAUGCCUCAGCUGCAGUCCCUCCACCUGGAGGAGAACUGGAUCAAAGAGCUGCCAGACAGCUGCCUGGCCCAUCUGGCUGGCCUGCAGGAACUCUACCUCAACCACAACCUCCUCUCCUUCAUCUCCGCCACGGCCUUCCAGGGCCUCCGCAAACUGCUGCGUCUGCACCUCAACUCCAACAGGCUGCAGGUGAUCGACAGAGCCUGGUUCGAGGCCACGCCUGGCCUGGAGAUCCUGAUGAUUGGGGAGAACCCUGUGGUCUCCAUCCAGGACCUGAAUUUCAACCCCCUCAGUAAUCUCCGCAGCCUGGUGCUGACCAGGAUGAACCUGUCCCAACUGUCUGAUGAUGCUCUGGCUGGCCUCGACAACCUGGAGAGUAUCUCCUUCUACGAUAACACGUUCCCCGAGGUUCCUCACGCCUCCCUGAGGAAACUUAAGAACCUCAAAUUCCUGGACCUGAACAAGAACCCCAUUGGGAGGAUCCAGCGGGGCGACUUUGUUGACAUGUUCCACCUGAAGGAGCUCGGGAUCAACAGCAUGCCAGAGCUGGUGUCCAUCGACAGCUUUGCCCUGAGCAACCUUCCCGAGCUCACCAAGAUAGAAGCGACCAACAACCCCAAGCUCUCUUACAUCCACCCCAAUGCCUUCUACAAGCUGCCCAGACUGGAGACGCUCAUGCUGAACGGGAACGCCCUCAGCGCUCUGCACAGGAUCACGGUGGAAUCCCUGCCCAACCUGCGGGAAGUCAGCAUGCACAGCAAUCCCAUCCGCUGCGACUGCGUGGUGCGCUGGAUGAACAUGAACAAGACCAGCCUGCGCUUCAUGGAGCCCGACUCCCUGUUCUGCGUGGAGCCUCCGGAGUACGAGGGGCAGCACGUCAGGCAGGUCCACUUCCGAGAGAUGAUGGAGAUCUGCCUUCCCCUCAUCUCCCCGGAGAGCAUGCCUGGACACAUCAGCGCCGAAACAGGCAGUUCCGUCUCUCUCCACUGCAGAGCCUUCGCAGAACCGGAACCAGAGAUCUACUGGAUCACUCCGUUCGGAACCCGGAUUCUGCCUAACACCGUUUCUGAUACAUUUUACAUGCACCCAGAAGGAACCUUUGACAUCUAUGACAUCACUGAGGCAGAGGCGGGGCUGUACACCUGCGUGGCCCACAACCUUGUGGGGGCGGACCUGAGGUCUGUCUCCGUGGAGGUAAACGGCUAUUUCCCACAGCCCAUCAACGGAUCUCUCAAGGUCAACAUCCAAUCAGUGGACACCAACUCGGUCCAGGUGUCCUGGAAGGCAUCCCGUGGCAGCAUGGCGCCCAACAUCAAGUGGUACGUCGCCACAGACGCCAACCAGCCAACCAUGGCCUUCACCGCCCGUGUCCCCUCUGACAUCACCGUCUAUAAUCUCACCCACCUGAGCCCGGCCACACAGUACAAGGUGUGCGUGGACGUGCGUAGCAUCCACUACCAGCACGACACCAAGUGUGUCAACGUGACCACCAAGGGGCUGGAGCUGGCGGUGCAGGCCUCGGAGCGCUGGGACACGGCGGUGGUGGCGGUGUUCGGCGUGCUGCUGACGGUGGUUUGCGUGGCCUGCCUGCUGGUCUACGUGUCCCUGAGGAGCCACCACCUCUACGGAGAUGCGAGGAAGUGUCCCUCCAAGCUCUCCCUGACGUCUGAGGAUGCCAAACUGUCCCCUCCCUUCUUCACCAGACUGCGGGUCUCUGGGAGAGGGCUGCCCAGAGCUGUAGAGGUGAAAGCCACAGUCGUAAACGUAUCCGACAACGCCUUUUAAUAACCCCGCUCCCCCCCCUCCUGUGGAGAAACACGCGCCAACCACAGAGAAACAGACAAGGCCAUUCAGAAAAAGGGAAAACCUGCAGGACUCUGUUUAACAUGUGCAUCCUGUAUGCCUUGACUGUAACAUUCUGGGAUAAUUAUGCUACAUCAUUGGAUUGGGAAGGAGAGGCGUUUGGAGGCAGGCCAUUCACUCUCCCAGCUAGAACCUAGUCUGUCAGGUGCUGCUGCCUCGUAGCAGCCGCAUCAAGUUAAAUUCACCAGGCUAAAAACACACUCGUGGACAUACCCCCUGGGUCAUAAACAGAGAAGUACAUCAUUAAAAAGAUGGUGAAAAUGACGGCGAUGAGCAUGAGGUUGAAGAUGAUGAUGGUAUCGACGAUGAAGAGGGGUGAGGAGGACUACAAAGAAAGCGAUGAUGAAGGUGUUCUCUCUUUGUUAUUGACUGUUAAAUGUGUUGAGAGUAGUGGAACUGUCCUUGUGGUCCUAAGCAAUACCGUCUGUGCAGUUCAACAUUCAUAGACGAGAUAGAGGUGACACCUGUCCAAGCAGGGAGCAAGUCUACUGUAGUAGGAUAGACAAUAACAGUGAGCUAUGGUGUAUAACUUUUGAUGAAAUAUACCCCUCUCCCCCCUUUUCUAUUUAAAGCAGAGAUGAUUUUAUUGUUAUAUUCUUUAUAUGUAACAGAACCUGUCUGCAUAAUACAUGGGCAGUAUAGACUGGUGGCAACUAAGAAAAGAUACAGUUAAUUCUUGUGAGAUCAAGUUCACGAAAGCAAAAGUAAAUACAAUUCAACUACAGCUCAGUAUCUCAAGAGGGCAUUUAAGAAUAUGUUGUUGUUUUUUUGAGUUCUCGAGGAGGCAGAGCUUGAGGGACGAGAUGGGAGUAUGAUUGACAGAAGUUUGACAGACCCACGUAAAUGUUGGAUUGAUUUUUUGUGCGGAUGGGUAGAGUGCUGUCCUUUGUGGCAUCUCGCUGAGAGGAAGGGGGAGGGGCCAUGGGUCUAUUCAGCCUCGGUAAGUGCCUACAUAAACGACUUCAGAGAACAGGAGAGCUUCGGCAGAAUCACCACAUACGAACCGCAGAACACAGCCAUGUCAUAACUACAGAGUCACAGGCUAAACCAGUACUUUUAGUGGAAAUAUAUUUGCAGUAUUUUUAGCAUAAACAUAAAAAAAACAUGACGUUCUUGCUUUGGGUGUUAAAGUUAAAAGCCAUUUUUAUAUUGACUGUACUAUCUGUGAUAAGUGGGCACAAUGAAAUAAAUAACAACGUGCUGAAUAAAAAAAA